GCUUGAGUCUUCCUCCCACCAGCACGCUCUUAAGAACAUAUUGUACAGUAGAUGUAUGAACAUAUCAAACUGCGUAGAAAAACUUUUAUUUUGAAGGCGCGCCCGCUGCUCUGGUAAAGUUAGAAAACGGAUCGGAAGCCAUGGCCGUGUGUUCAGCCCUCCUGAAUAGAGGUGUAGCCAGAAGUCACUGGAGGUUGUGGCGUGAUGUUCCUGGCCCACUGGUCCACAUAAGAUCAGCAAGUGCAACUGAGCCCGGUACAAGAAGACCUGAUGAGGAGCAGCUCUGGGACGCAGCACCAGGUCACCUGCUGUACAGUAGAGCCAUCAUAGGAUCUUUCUUUCAGGAACGGCCAGUGCUGGAGAACCCGUUUCUUGAAGAUGCUUUGCUCAGAGGAUACCUGAGGAGACACUUGCCUCAGGAGGCAGUUUUCUCAGAUUUGAGUGCUUUUGGAGAGCGUGUGGCAAGGGAAGUGGACAGUUGGGGUAGAGAUUGUGAGGUCAAUCCUCCACGGCUGGUACACUUUGAUGCCUGGGGCAGGAGAGUGGACCACAUUGUGACCUCUACGGCCUGGAAACGCAUGAAAGAGCUAUCAGCACAAGAGGGACUGGUUGCCAUCGGUUACGAGAGAGCAUUUGGGGAGUGGAGUCGUGUGUACCAAAUGAGCAAGCUGUACAUUUUCUCCCCCUCAUCCGGACUCUAUACCUGUCCUCUGGCCAUGACCGACGGCGCUGCAAAAGUCAUCCAGUCCAAAGGUGUUUCGUGGCCUGUAGAAGAAGCCUUCAGUCAUUUGACCACCCGUCAACCAGAACACUUCUGGACGUCUGGACAGUGGAUGACUGAGAGAAAGGGAGGAUCUGAUGUGGCAAGGGGCACUGAGACGGUAGCUGUUCCCCAAACAGAUGGCUCAUACAAACUACACGGCUUCAAGUGGUUCACAUCUGCCACAGAUGCAGACAUGACCCUCACAUUGGCCAGAGUGCAAGACAGCACAGGAGUGACCACGCCGGGCAGCAGGGGUUUGUCUCUUUUUUAUGCAGAGGUGAGUCGAGAUGAGGAUGGUCUGCUGAGGGGGAUAGAGGUUCAGAGACUGAAGGACAAGCUGGGAACGCGGCAGAUGCCGACUGCCGAGUUACUACUGGACGGACUACCUGCAUUCAGGCUCUCAGAAGAAGGGAGGGGUGUAGCCUCCAUAGCCAACAUGCUCACUAUAACCAGGAUCCACAACAGCGUCUCUGCAGCAGCCGCAAUGAGAAGAGUUCUCCAGUUAGCUUGUGAUUUUGCCACCCACCGCACUGCCUUUGGAAAGCUUCUUAAAGACCACCCGCUGCACAUGCAGACUCUGGCGAGGAUGGAAGUGGAAACUCGCGGAGCCUUUCUUCUGGUGAUGGACGUGUGUCGUCUGCUUGGCCGAGAAGAGACUGGCCUCGCCAGCCCGCUUGAUACUCACCUCCUACGUCUGCUCACCCCUGUGGUUAAGCUUUACACUGGGAAGCAGGCGGUAGCUGUCGUGUCUGAGGGUUUGGAAAGCUUUGGUGGCCAAGGGUACAUUGAGGAUACAGGUUUGCCUGGAAUACUUCGCGAUGCACAGGUAUUAAGUAUAUGGGAAGGUACAACAAAUGUUCUGUCCCUGGAUGUGCUGCGCUGUGUGGCUCGUAGUUCAGGGAUGGUUCUUCAUGCCUACUUUACCCACGUUAAGUCAUUGCUUGAAGGUGCCUCUAGUCAUUCUUCACUCGUGCCAGCUGUGAAGGAAGUCGGCAGUGCUUUGUCUGAACUGGAAGAGUUUAUUCAGGUAGCAGCUACCAGGGAACCCAGCUACCUGGAACAAGCAGCCAGAGACCUGGCAUACAGCCUCGCCCGCAUCUACGCAGGUGCCCUUCUCAUUGAUCAUGCUUCUUGGAAAGGAGCUUCUCCACAAGACGCCUAUGCAGCACGCAGGUGGAGUGAACAGGAUUUGUGUCCUGUUGUAACUAAACAGAGAAGAGGCUGCUAUGAACCCAGCACAGCAACUCUCAAUACUGAGUUGGUAUUUGAGGGGCCGAUAGAAGGUUGAACGAUCGUAGUGGUGUUUUUGUUAAAAUGAAAAUCCAGUCCCAAAUAAGCUCCACAGUAAUAAUGAAAAUGGGGUUCCGACUGCAAUGUAUUUCUGUCUUGUAAACAUCUAUGUGAUUUAGUAGUUUUGCAAUGCACUUUUAACUGCAGCAUAUAUGCAUAGAUGAUUUUGAUGACUGAAAUGCUUAAAAAGUGAAUCAAGUAAGGAUUUUUUUUCCAGGCUUUUCACAGUCAUCAUCAAUGCCACGGUUGUUAAAAUGCAAAGUAUGUAUCAACACUGCAAAGAUGAACUAGAAUGCAGGUUGGAUGCAAGAAAAGCCCUGACUGAUGCAGAUGUAGCAGACCUCUUGUACUGUUAGAACAAGCUGCUUGUGCAGACUGAUGUGUAAGCUCCACAGAAACUGUGUUGUUUUUCUUCAUUUUCAUAUUUCGCUCUUUGGAUAAAUUCUAAUGUGUCAUGAAGUUAAGAUAAAGCAUGUCAGUAAAGAUGGCAAGAGAUGGAACACAAGGUUUUUGAAUUAAACUAAUAAAAAAUAUAAACCCCAAUAAAGUGUUAUUUUCU